AUGGCAAGCAAGACUGGCCCAUCAACAGUGCCGGCAGAUGUUGCAGCUGCCGCCGCCGCCGCCGCCGCAGCCAAGCCGAAAAGGGUACGGACUGGCUGUUUGACUUGCAGAGAACGACAUCUCAAAUGCGAUGAAGGUGUUCCUGACUGCCAAAAUUGCAAAAAAUCGAACCGAGAAUGCAAACGAGGAGUUCGUUUGAACUUCAUCGAUACCACCAUCAGGAAUCCGCCAAUCACUCCUCCGACGGAAGACUGGGACGUGAUAUUUCAAGACGAGUCGCGAGAAAUUGCUUCAGAAUAUCGAGGGGGUCUCAGUCGCUAUGCCGCAAUAGAGAUAGAGGCUGAAGGAGACGUGGUGCCCAAGGAGGAAUCGACGUUCGAUUUCGCCGAUCCCAUGAUACAAGCUCCUGUGCUUGCCCAUCAGCAAUUACCUUCCCAGCAAAUCCAGCCGGGUGGAGUGGAGGCAUAUGCAGCGUCGAUGCAGCCAAUGCCAGAUCAGGGUCGAGAUCAGCAUCAAAGACAUGGCUCGACCAAUUCGGACUCGACCUUUUCUAGUCAUACCAUUGGUGCCACCUCUGUAUCCUCAUACAACAAUACCAAGCAGACGUUGACUCCGCCAAGCGAAACGCGAGAAGUUUUGACUGAUCCGGAGGAGCUGCUGUUCAUGCAAGUCUUCGUUGAAGAAGUUGGGAUAUGGAUGGAUAGCAUGGAUCCUUACAAGCAUUUCUCCCGACUUUUGCCCUUCGAUUCCUUGAGCGAACCGAUGUUGUUGAACGCUUUCCUUGCUUGCGGAGCUCGGCAUCUAGUCCUGGUGAACCCAGCAUAUCAGGAAGACAAGGCUCUGCAUUACUACGACUCCGCAACCAGAUUGCUGCUCCGGCAAUUGCAAAAUCCAUACCGAGACACUGUCAUCUGCGCAACGACGGCUGUGAUCCUGAAUGUUUACGAGAUCAUGUGCGAGAAACCACUUCAAAGGAUGAAUCAUAUUGCUGGCGCUCGUGCCCUGAUCAAAGAGUGCGGCUGGAAUGCUACCUCGGUCGGAGUCGGAGCCGCGUGCUUUUGGCUAAAUGUGGGCAUGGAGUUACUCAGCUGUCUUCAUUUCAAUUGGCAGGUAGCAUGGAAUCCGAACGACUGGGGUCUUGACAUGGAUUUCUCCGGGCCUACAGGUCCUGGACGCGAAGAAAUCUGGACAUACCGGAUAUUGUGGAUAUUGGGUAAGGUAGCAAAUUUCCGCGCGCUGAUGACACCUCGCUCCUCGGACCCACCACAGGACCAUAUGCGGAUCCAGAACCGAUACGAAGAGUGGAAGAUAUUGAAAGAUUGGUGUGAUGCUUGGGAUAAUAGUGUUCCUCGCACAAUGCAACCGCUGGGUCGUUCGCACCCGUUUCAGCAAACCUCGAAGUCAUUGUUUCCUGAAGUCUGGUUGAUUAAACGAGCCACUGUCAUUGCUCGAAUGUUCUAUCACACAGCGCUCAUCUGCCUGGCACAAACAAAUCCCAUGAUAUCUGUAAGCCAACAAGAAGUACAAGAUAUGCAGGAAAUGCAAAUGCAGAACGCCCAGACGCUUUGCGGCAUAAUAGCCCAUGUCAAGGAUAGGGGUGUUGCAAGUGUAGCACUCCGUUCCAUUCAUCACGCUGGUGAAUGCCUGAUCUCUCGGCCCGAGCAAGAAGAGGUUCUUACGAUUGUCAACAAGAUACAUAAAGAAACCGGCUGGGGCAUCAAUUUCGUGAUUGAAGGACUGAUCAAAAAAUGGGGUUGGAGCGGCCAGGACAGUCUCCAGCAGCCACUGAACUAUGGAUUCCAGCAGCAGGCAUCUACAACAUCAUUACCUCCUGCACCACCGUCAAAGUCGAUACCGAGUGGUAUACCAAAUCCUAUGUAUGCCAGGGCGGACUUUGGCCAGCCGAUCCAUCCUUAUCAGAACUACUACGUCGCACCUCAACACCACCCAGGAGGGCAGAAUUUCAACCACUUUUAA